AUGGGUAUUAAAAACCUGUACCAGGUGAUCUCCGAAAAUGCCCCCGAUUCGAUUAAAACGGGCGAGAUUAAGAACCAUUUCGGCCGCAAGGUCGCAAUCGAUGCAUCCAUGAGCAUCUACAGUUUCCUGAUCGCCGUGCGCUCGGAGGGCCAGCAGCUGAUGAGUGAGACCGGUGAGACGACAUCGCACCUGAUGGGCAUGUUCUACCGCACACUUCGAAUGGUGGACAACGGCAUCAAGCCCCUCUACGUCUUUGAUGGGGCCCCGCCGAAACUGAAGUCAGGCGAGCUGGCCAAACGUGGAGCACGCAAGGCGGAGGCCACCGAGGCUCACGAGGAGGCCAAGGAAACGGGUACGGCGGAAGAGAUCGAGAAGUUCUCGCGGCGAACGGUCCGCGUCACGCGCGAGCACAACGCCGAAUGUAAGAAGCUCUUGAAGCUGAUGGGGAUCCCCUACAUUGAUGCGCCCACCGAGGCCGAGGCGCAAUGCGCGGUCCUGGCACGGGCGGGCAAAGUGUUCGCCGCCGCCUCGGAGGAUAUGGAUACCCUCUGCUUUGAAGCUCCCAUUCUCCUGAGACAUUUGACGUUUAGCGAGCAGCGAAAGGAACCCAUCCAAGAAAUUCACUUGAAGCAGGCACUGGAGGGGCUCGGCAUGGACCGCAGUCAGUUCAUUGACCUGUGUAUUCUCCUGGGCUGCGAUUACCUGGAACCGAUUCCGAAAGUCGGCCCCAGUACUGCGCUCUCCCUAAUCAAAGAGCACGGCAGUCUGGAGAAGGUGGUGGAGUACAUGCAGAAGGACCCGAAAAAGAAGUAUGUGAUUCCGGAGGACUGGCCCUACCAAGACGCCCGAGACCUGUUCCUCACUCCGGACGCCCGAGAUGCCGACCACCCGGACUGCGAUUUCAAGUGGGAAGCCCCAAACAUCGAUGGCCUGGUUGAAUUCCUGGUCACUGACAAGGGUUUCAACGAGGAUCGGGUGCGCAACGGAGCCGCCCGCCUGCAGAAGCACCUGAAAUCCGCGCAACAGUCCCGAUUGGAGGGUUUCUUCAAGCCUGUGGCUCGCACCGAUCAAGAGAAGGCCAAUUUGAAGCGCAAGCACGAUGAGAAGCUCCAGGAGCAGAAGAAGCGCAAGAAGGAUGAAGCCAAAGCGAAGAAGGACGCCAAGGCCAAACCGCGCGGGGCGGGCUAG